CUUCCUCUUUCCUCCCAACAUCCUUCCUUUCCUUUUUCUCUCCCCCCCACCCCCCUUUCCUUUCCCCAGAUAAGCAGCUCCGGGAAACAAAGAGCUGGGCUCUCCAGACCUCAGCGCUGGAACUUAAGGCUCUCCGAGUAGCAUCUCAUUUCGGGGACCAGGGCUCUCGAGCUCCGUGUCCCCUCCCCAACCUCCCCCGCCUCCCUUGCUUGCUCGCUGCUCCCUCCCUGCUGGCUGCCUCCCCCACCAUCGCAGCGCUGGGAGGAAGGCGGCCAGGGCUCAAGAUGGCUUUAGCCGGGCUCUGCGCCCUGUUCGCCUGCUGCUGGGGGCCGGCUGCGGUGCUGGCCACAGCUGCCGGCGAGGUGGAUCCAUCCAAGGAGCUGGAGUGCAAGCUCAAGAGCAUCACUGUGUCGGCACUGCCCUUCCUGCGCGAGAACGACCUGAGCAUCAUGCACAGUCCCUCGGCCUCCGAACCCAAGCUUCUCUUCUCCGUGCGCAAUGACUUCCCGGGAGAAAUGGUCGUGGUGGACGACCUAGAGAACACGGAGCUACCCUACUUCGUGCUGGAGAUCUCAGGGAAUACAGAAGACAUCCCCCUGGUGCGCUGGAGGCAGCAGUGGCUGGAGAAUGGCACUUUGCUCUUUCAUAUCCACCACCAAGAUGGUGCUCCAAGUCUCCCUGGACAAGACCCAACUGAAGAACCCCAACAUGAAUCAGCGGAGGAAGAGCUGAGGAUCCUGCACAUCUCAGUCAUGGGUGGCAUGAUCGCUCUGUUGCUAUCCAUCUUGUGCCUGGUGAUGAUCCUAUACACUCGCAGGCGCUGGUGCAAACGUCGCCGGGUUCCCCAGCCCCAGAAGAGUGCCAGUGCAGAGGCAGCCAAUGAGAUUCACUACAUCCCAUCUGUGCUGAUUGGAGGCCAUGGGCGGGAAAGCUUGCGCAAUGCCCGUGUGCAGGGCCACAACUCCAGUGGCACUCUGAGCAUCCGGGAGACACCCAUCCUGGAUGGCUAUGAGUAUGACAUCACAGACCUGCGUCACCACCUGCAAAGGGAGUGCAUGAAUGGAGGGGAGGACUUUGCCAGUCAGGUCACACGCACUUUGGACUCCCUACAGGGAUGCAAUGAGAAGUCUGGGAUGGACCUCACACCAGGGAGUGACAAUGCCAAGCUUUCCCUGAUGAACAAGUAUAAAGACAAUAUCAUAGCCACAAGCCCCGUGGAUGCCAACCACCAGCAAGCCACUCUGCUCUCCCACACCUCCAGCAGCCAGAGAAAGAGGAUCAACAAUAAAGCCAGAGCUGGUUCUGCCUUCUUGAACCCUGAAGGGGACUCCAGCACAGAGGCAGAAAAUGACCCACAGCUGACCUUUUACACAGACCCCUCUCGGAGCCGGAGGCGCAGUCGAGUGGGCUCUCCCCGAAGUCCUGUGAAUAAGACCACCCUGACCCUGAUCAGUGUCACCAGCUGCGUGAUUGGCCUCGUGUGCUCUUCUCAUGUCAGCUGCCCUCUUGUUGUCAAGAUCACCCUACAUGUCCCUGAGCACUUGAUCGCUGAUGGGAGCCGCUUCAUCCUGCUGGAGGGGAGCCAGCUGGAUGCCAGUGACUGGCUGAACCCUGCCCAAGUGAUUCUCUUCUCUCAGCAGAACUCCAGCGGGCCCUGGGCCAUGGACCUCUGUGCCCGGCGGCUCCUAGACCCUUGUGAACACCAAUGUGACCCCGAAACUGGGGAAUGCCUGUGCUAUGAAGGCUACAUGAAGGAUCCUGUCCACAAGCACCUUUGCAUUCGGAAUGAAUGGGGGACCAACCAGGGGCCUUGGCCUUACACAAUAUUUCAGCGAGGCUUUGACCUGGUUUUGGGAGAGCAACCCUCUGAUAAAAUAUUCAGAUUCACCUAUACCCUCGGGGAAGGCAUGUGGUUACCCCUCAGUAAGAGCUUUGUGAUUCCACCAGCUGAACUAGCCAUCAAUCCAUCAGCAAAGUGUAAGACGGAUAUGACUGUGAUGGAAGAUGCUGUAGAGGUCAGAGAGGAGCUGAUGACAUCAUCAUCCUUUGACAGCCUGGAGGUCCUCUUAGACUCCUUUGGGCCAGUGCGUGAUUGCAGCAAAGAUAAUGGAGGCUGCAGUAAGAAUUUUCGCUGCAUUUCAGAUCGCAAGUUGGACUCUACUGGUUGUGUGUGUCCUUCAGGACUCAGCCCUAUGAAGGACAGCUCAGGCUGCUAUGAUCGCCAUAUCGGAGUGGACUGCUCAGAUGGUUUCAACGGCGGCUGCGAACAGCUGUGUCUCCAGCAGAUGGCGCCGUUCCCGGACGAUCCCACCUUGUACAACAUCCUUAUGUUCUGCGGGUGUAUCGAGGACUACAAGCUUGGUGUGGAUGGACGCUCUUGCCAACUUGUCACAGAGACCUGCCCAGAGGGAGGUGACUGUGGGGAAAGCAGAGAGGUUCCCAUGAACCAGACUCUCUUUGGAGAAAUGUUCUUUGGCUACAACAACCAGUCCAAGGAAGUAGCCACUGGACAGGUGCUAAAAGGAACAUUCAGACAAAACAACUUUGCUCGUGGUUUAGACCAGCAACUGCCAGAUGGUCUUGUGGUUGCUUCUGUCCCACUGGAGAAUCAGUGCCUAGAGGAAAUCUCAGAGCCCACCCCAGACCCUGACUUCUUGACCGGGAUGGUGAACUUCAGUGAAGUAUCUGGAUACCCGGUGCUGCAGCACUGGAAGGUUCGGUCUGUGAUGUACCACAUCAAACUCAACCAAGCAGCCAUCUCUCAGGCCUUCAGCAAUGCUCUUCACUCCUUGGAUGGGGCUACAUCUCGUGCAGAUUUUGUGGCUUUGUUGGAUCAGUUUGGAAACCAUUACAUCCAGGAAGCUGUCUACGGCUUUGAAGAAUCCUGUUCUAUAUGGUACCCAAACAAGCAAGUCCAGCGGAGACUCUGGCUGGAAUAUGAAGACAUCAGUAAAGGCAACUCCCCAUCUGAUGAGUCGGAGGAGCGGGAAAGGGAUCCCAAGGUGCUGACAUUCCCAGAAUACAUCGCUAGCCUGUCAGACUCUGGCACCAAGCGAAUGGCAGCUGGAGUCCGGAUGGAGUGCCAGAGCAAGGGACGGUGUCCCUCAUCCUGUCCUUUGUGUCAUGUGACAUCCAGCCCUGAAACCCCUGCUGAGCCAGUUCUGCUGGAAGUGACCAGAGCAUCCCCCAUCUAUGAACUGGUGACCAAUAACCAGACCCAGAGGCUCUUACAGGAGGCCACCAUGAGCUCUCUCUGGUGUUCAGGGACCGGAGAUGUCAUUGAGGACUGGUGCCGAUGCGACUCGACUGCUUUUGGAGCAGAUGGACUUCCUACCUGUGCACCCCUCCCACAGCCUGUGCUGAGACUUUCCACAGUACACGAGCCCAGCAGCACCCUCGUGGUUCUGGAGUGGGAACAUUCAGAGCCACCAAUUGGGGUGCAGAUUGUAGAUUACCUGAUCCGGCAAGAGAAAGUCACUGACCGGAUGGACCACUCCAAAGUAGAGACGGAAACAGUGCUGAGCUUUGUAGACGACAUCAUCUCUGGAGCAAAGGCUCCGUGUGCCAUGCCGUCUCAGGUGCCAGACAAACAGCUCACCACGAUUUCUCUCAUCAUCCGAUGCCUGGAACCUGACACCAUUUACAUGUUCACCCUCUGGGGAGUAGAUAACACAGGGCGACGUUCCAGGCCAAGUGACGUGAUUGUGAAGACCCCGUGUCCUGUGGUGGAUGAUGUCAAAGCCCAAGAAAUAGCAGACAAGAUCUACAAUCUCUUCAAUGGCUACACCAGUGGAAAGGAGCAACAGACUGCCUACAACACCCUUCUGGAUCUGGGUUCGCCCACUUUGCACCGAGUCCUCUACCACUAUAACCAGCAUUAUGAGAGUUUUGGGGAAUUCACCUGGCGGUGUGAAGAUGAGUUAGGACCCAGGAAAGCAGGCCUCAUCCUUUCCCAGCUUGGAGAUCUGAGCAGCUGGUGCAAUGGACUCCUUCAGGAGCCCAAGAUAAGCUUGAGGCGUGGUUCACUCAAGUACCUGGGCUGCCGCUACAGUGAGAUCAAACCCUAUGGACUGGACUGGUCAGAGCUCAGUCGGGACCUCAGGAAGACAUGUGAAGAACAGACCCUGAGUGUCCCCUACAAUGACUACGGGGACAGCAAAGACAUCUAGCAUCAUGGGACCAGGAAAUAACUGCAGAAAUAAAGCAGGGGAGAAGAGGGCAACAUCUGGGUUGGUUUGUGGAUUCUUAGACUUUUUUUUUAAUGGAACACCCAAAGCUCUACAAGUCCCUUCUAAACCAGGAAGAGGGUAGACCUUUGCUCCCUGCAAGAUUUGUCCAGUGUGAUAUUCUCCACCUGCAUGACCAGUCAACCCGCCAGCCAGUAGCUUCAUGCAGCACUGUUUUUUUUCCCCCCUUAGAAGAUUACCUUGAAACUCACUUUGGUAUUCAUUGGUUUUGUUCACUUUUUUGCCUUCAGUCAAUCCACCAGGAUUCUCAAGAGCACUAUCCUGCAUCCUACAGCAGGUCUAAGGCGGAGGCUCUUCUGCCUAAUGGGUUCCCAAGUCUAUGACACCUGGGGACAGAAGUGAGGGCAUAAAGCUUCAGCUGCCUCAUGCCCUUGCUCAGGCAUUUCUUAGGAAGCAUCAGAAUGUUGGGAGCCAAGGCAUGUACUGAAGAAGAUAAUAAAUGACCCAUGCCCCUUUCUCAUGGAUUUUCCCCCAGACUCUCUCCUGUUGCUGUUUCCAUACCUCAGAGGUAAACCUAAGUUCUGUUACAGGUCUGUUGGACAUAACAGAGAUUUAGGUCUCUCUUCCCCCAUUUUAAACCAGGACUACAAGUUCUCGUUGAUUUCUGUCCUUUCUUCUAAACAACCUGAUCUUUGAGAAGCAGUGAGAUAUUACCUGUUAAAUAUGGCUCCAGAGAGGGCUACCUGCAAGACUAUUUAGUAGCCUUCACUGUAGGAAAUACGUGGAGUUUAUUUAAAAAACAGUUGUACAUGUCUAGAGUAUCAUCAGAGUCCUAAAAGCCUUGAUUCUGCUUGGUCGCAGGCCUCUUUCCCUGGACAGAAAGGACUUGGCUGUUGUUUGCUUUAGUCCAGGAAUGAGAUUAUUUCUUGUCAGUGUUUUAGUGAACUAAAGCUCUUAUCAAUCUGAAAAGUACUUCUGUCCACACUGCCAUAACUAAAUUUUCUUAAUUAUAUUGUAAAUUUUGACAGCCUAUUCUCUGAUGAAAAUUAUCAGUACUCUGUCAUUGUCACUGCCUGCCCACCCAACUCUGCUAGUUACUGAAGGGCAACAGAGCCUCUGGAGAGACCUGAACAUCUGAUGAUCACACAUAAGGACGGAGGCUCCAUUUGCACACACUGCCCAAGGAUGAUGAUAUGAUGAACUAGCUACUAGGAAGCCUAGCCUGUUAGAAACAACCUCAUGGGACCAGAAUGACUAACAAUGACCCAAUGUACAUUCAGCCAGCUUGCCUUGACUGGAAUUCUUCAUGUGGAAACACAUGACACAGAUCUGGAAGGCUCUAUAACUCAGCCACUGAGCCUUAUUCAUACUUUCCAAUUAGGAAUAAUGACAGAUGACAUUUGAGGUGUGAUGUGUGCUACUAUAAAUAAUGGGAAUCUCACAGCACCCCUAAAGAAAGUUCUAUUCUUAUUCACUACUCUUUUAGUGAUGAGGAAAACAAGGAAGUGAGGUGACUCACCAUUCCCCAGGUCCCUCAUACACUAUAUACCCUGAGCUGCAGUGCCUCUAAAACACAGGAGUUUAACUACUCUGUGUUGCCUAAAGCAUAUGACUGUUGAAGCUCUAAGCUCUACUGGGAAUCUGCCCAGAGAACUUCACCUUCCUAAGGGACCAUGUACAAAUAUACAAUGAGUCAAAGUACAUCCAUAGCCUUUGGAGUCAGGGCACCUUUAGUAUGAUCAACACUGUGGCACACUAGUUUCCCCAUUGAUGAAUAGGAAGGAGAUCAAAUUGCAGGCUGGUCUUAUUUCUCUCUUUGCUUCUUUGCAGAGAAAUAUUGGAAAACUUGCCUUGUACUUUUUUGCCUCACAGAUGCCACCACUUUUAGAACAAAACACAGCCGAAAACGUAGCUGGCUUCCCUCUGGCCAGUGUAGGGAUUUCAGUAAAAGUGCAUCCAAAGGAAGCUUAUUCACUACUGCCAGAGAAGAGAGUGCUAUGGGACAGUGUGGCAGUGUGUACAGCAUCCCUUUACUGCCAUUCUUUUUCCACUCUUCCGUUCAAUCCUAUGAAGAAAAGAGUGUCUUCUUUUGAACAGAAUGAUAGUGAGACUGUGGAUGCCUUCCAGCCCUGUUAGAGAUAGGAACUUAUGGGCUCAGGAGGGAGGACAGGAGUGAUAUUAUGAUCACUACUGUUACCCACCCCAUCUUUUAUUCCAGACAUACUCUCCUCCUCUCUUUUACCUUUAGGCCCCAUUUUCCAAAGAUUUUCCAACUCUUACACACAUCUCCUUUAUCCUCCAUCUUCCCCACCUCUUCCAAUUGACUGCCUUAUUCUUUCAGUGUGCUCUUGUGUUUUCUCUUCAGAUGUGUGUGCGUCUAUACACACACUCGCUCCCAAGCACCACGUACACAGCUCCUAUUACUGGAGCAAUGUACUUUUGAGUUUAAAAACUCCAACAUGAAUGGAUUGGGGGUUGUCUGGAGAUGGUUCUACAUGUUGCUGGAGGACUUUUACCCUCAGAGAGAUCAUAUCACACCCUGCCAAUGAUUCUCAGUUCUUGCCUGGAGGAACUGUCUAGAAAGGCUAAUGUAAUGAAGCCAGUAUUAAACCUCAUUUCUAUGCUGCCAAACAGGUCUUAAGGGAGCCACUUCUGUCCACCUAACCACCUCCAGCUCUGUGUCCAGCUGAAAUCUCUAUUGUUUCCUCUUGAAUGUCCACGAACCACUGUAUAGCAUCAGACCCUUAAAUGAGUGUGCAAUUGUUUCUCUUGAAGUUUGGUCCAUUUGUUAUUUUUAAUUAACUGCACUUCUUGAUAUUCAAAUGUUCUAUUAAAAAAUAAUUGUGAAAAAACACUCCACUACUGUAGAAGAAAGAGGUGGUACAAUGUGACCAACUUUAACUACAACAGUGUUGUUUAAGAGAUUUAUUGUACGAUUAUGAAAAAUGAAGUAAUCGACUAAAUAAUAAACAAAGCUGUCAGU